AGCUACCACAAAAGCUAAUGUGGUUACGCUACAUAUAGAUGUCGUUUAGAGUACUUUUGUUAACGCUUGUGAGAUUCCGUUCAUUAUUUCGCUAGUGAACAGAAAUGUGAUUAAUGCGAACCGACUCAAAUCAUUGCGAGCUCUAUUAUUUAGUCGAGUGUUUAGCCAUUGCUAGCUGCGCCACUGGCAUCAGUGUCGCUGUAGCUCUUUCAAAUUAGCCGUGUGCAACCUUCCCCACUACCUUAAACGCUUCAAUGAAUGGAGGCGGAUGUACUAAGUGAAGGCAUCAGUCAACAAUGUGUUUGCUGUAACCCCCUCCCUCCAUGGACUCGGCUAGUGGUUAGCCACCAGAUGCUAAGAGAAAACAGUCUCAGAAAGUGGAGUGUAAGCGAAGAAAUCUGACCGGGGAACGUAAUUACGUUAGCCGCAAAUACACGUAGCCGAUGCACGGUGUAUGGGAAGUUUUUUGGAAAUGCGAACAUCGCGAAGAAACCGUGUAUUACCCGGGGACAAGCACUUAGCAGUAGCCAUGCUAGCCUGUAUUAAGACAAUAUUUUGAAGCCAUUCCAGUUUGUGUUUACAAACUAAACUUUGGAUAUUCAUUGGACGUCUUGCGACAGACUGGCUGUACAUGAAGGUGUCAUCUGGGGGAAGAUGAGUGACCCUGCCCUUCGUCCCAGGUAGGGGGUGGUGCUGUCGGAGACACUCCGGCUUCUCCUGGCUUGGCUUGGCCGGGCCUGUCGCUGUUCACGGAUGAUGGGAAUCGUCAACCAGCCAACCCCCCAGUUGUGUUUAUUUAUGUCUUCGGGUUCAACAUGGAUGUCCUCUACUUGAAUUGCUUCGCUGUUUGGGGAAUUUGACAUUUCCCGACGAAUAUGAAAUCCAACCAACUGGAAUUAAUAAUGGUUUUGUGACUGUAACACGGUACAUUUUGGUCGUCUUUUCUUCAAGACAUUUUAAUUUCGAACACGCCAACAUGUCUGCAUUUGCUGAGUUCGUCCCCCCUCCCGAGUGUCCGGUCUUUGAACCUAGUUGGGAGGAUUUUUCUGAUCCGUUAGGAUUUAUCAACAAAAUUCGACCAAUCGCAGAGAAAACUGGAAUCUGCAAGAUCCGACCCCCGGAGGACUGGCAGCCUCCGUUUGCCUGUGACGUACGCAACUUUCACUUCACUCCUCGAGUGCAACGCUUAAAUGAACUUGAGGCACUUACUCGGGUGAGGCUCAACUUUUUGGAUCAAAUUGCAAAGUUCUGGGAACUGCAGGGAUGCAAGAUUCGAUUCCCUCAUGUAGAAAGAAAGGUUUUGGAUCUCUAUCAACUCAGUAAGAUCGUUUCAUCUGAGGGUGGCUUUGAAACGGUGUGUAAAGAGAAGAGAUGGUCUAAGGUCGCUAGCCGGAUGGACUUUCCACCUGGAAGAGGCGUUGGAACAUUACUGCGUUCCCACUACCAGAGAAUUCUUUACCCCUAUGAGCUCUUUCAGUCCGGGGCAACAUUAACUGGCAUCCAGAGGCUCUAUGAGGAGGGCGUUGAUGUUGAAGACGAUGAGGGAGUAGGGGAGGAGGCAGUGGAAGAAGAGGAAGAUGAAGAGAAGGAGAAGGAAGAAGCUGAUGGAACGCAAACCAAAGAUCUGCUUUUGUCUGAGAGGCGUUCCAGGCGCCUUAAGUCUGAGAGAGAAAACAACGACCCCAAAGGCCUCAAACUCUUCAACACAAGUCCCAAAAUGGUUGGACUGGAGAUUGUGUCCACUGAUGAAGGAUACAACAAAAGACAGCGUCAUCUCAAAGCCCAAGCGUUUGCCAUUAAAAUGAGACCUCGGAAGGAGACGCUGGAAGUCAACUUUAUUGACCUCUACUUGUGCCUGGUGUGCGGCCGAGGUGACGAGGAGGAUCGACUCUUGCUGUGCGACGGCUGUGAUGACAGCUACCACACUUUUUGUCUGAUUCCACCCCUGCAGGAGGUGCCCAAGGGUGACUGGCGCUGCCCAAAGUGUGUUGCAGAGGAGUGCAGUAAACCGAGGGAGGCAUUUGGCUUUGAGCAGGCGGUGAGAGAGUACACCCUCCAGAGCUUCGGGGAAAUGGCUGACCACUUCAAGUCUGACUACUUCAACCAGCCUGUGCAUAUGGUGCCAACAGAACUGGUGGAGAAGGAGUUCUGGCGCCUGGUCAGCAGCAUUGAGGAGGACGUCAUUGUAGAAUACGGGGCUGACAUUAGCUCCAAAGAUGUGGGCAGUGGAUUUCCUAUCAGGGAUGGGAAGAGGAGGCUGCUGGGAGAUGAGGAGGAAUAUGCGAACUCAGGCUGGAACCUGAACAACAUGCCGGUUCUGGAGCAGUCGGUGCUUGCCCACAUCAACGUGGACAUCUCAGGCAUGAAGGUCCCCUGGCUGUAUGUGGGCAUGUGUUUCUCCUCUUUCUGCUGGCACAUCGAGGACCACUGGAGUUACUCCAUCAACUUCCUGCACUGGGGUGAGCCAAAAACAUGGUAUGGUGUGCCAGCUUCUGCAGCAGAGCAGCUGGAGGCUGUGAUGAAGAAAUUGGCUCCGGAACUUUUUGACUCACAGCCGGACCUCCUCCACCAGCUGGUCACCAUCAUGAAUCCGAACGUCCUGAUGGAGCAUGGUGUCCCUGUGUACAGGACCAAUCAGUGUGCAGGAGAGUUUGUGGUGACCUUCCCUCGGGCCUAUCACAGCGGAUUCAACCAGGGCUAUAACUUUGCGGAGGCUGUGAACUUCUGCACUGCUGACUGGCUGCCGAUGGGUCGUCAGUGUGUGGCGCACUACAGGCGUCUCCACCGCUACUGUGUUUUCUCACACGAGGAGCUGCUGUGCAAAAUGGCUGCCGAUCCGGAGAGCCUGGACGUGGAACUGGCUGCUGCUGUUUUCAAAGAGAUGGGACACAUGAUGGAUGAGGAGACAAAGCUGAGACAAGUUGUCCAAGAAAUGGGGGUGCUGUCAUCAGAACAAGAGGUCUUUGAGCUGAUGCCUGACGACGAGCGCCAGUGCUACAAGUGUAAAACCACCUGCUUCCUGUCCGCACUCACCUGUUCCUGCAGCCCCGAACGUCUGGUUUGUCUUCACCACGCAGCCGACCUCUGCGACUGUCCACUCGGCAACAAGUGUCUCAGGUAUCGCUACGAUCUGGAGGAGUUUCCUUCAAUGCUUUAUGGGGUCAAGACGAGAGCCCAGUCGUACGAUGCGUGGAUAAAGAGGGUCACGGAGGCUUUGGCUGCAGACCAGAAAAAUAAGAAAGACCUCAUCGAACUCAAGGUUUUGCUGGAGGAUGCAGAGGACAGGAAGUAUCCAGAGAACAGUCUCUUCAGACGUCUGCGGGAGAUGGUCAAAGAGGCAGAGACGUGCUCCUCCGUGGCACAGCUUCUUCUCAGCCGAAAGCAGAGGCAUAGCAGCAGACUGCGUCUCGACAACAACCGCAACCGCACCAAACUGACAGUGGAUGAACUCAAGGCUUUCGUGGAGCAGCUCUACAGGCUGCCGUGCAUCAUCAGCCAGGCUCGACAGGUCAAGGAGCUGCUGGAAACCGUGGAGGACUUCCACGAGCGAGCCCAGACAGCACUGUCGGACGAGAUGCCGGAUUCAUCCAAGUUGCAGGCACUCCUGGACCUGGGCGGUGGCCUGGACGUUGAGCUGCCGGAGCUUCCCAGGCUCAAACAGGAGCUCCAGCAGGCGCGUUGGCUGGACGAGGUGCGCCUCACCCUGUCCGAGCCCCACAGGGUGACUUUAGAGUUGAUGAAGAGACUGAUAGACUCCGGGGUGGGUCUGGCUCCUCACCACGCUGUGGAGAAAGCCAUGGCUGAACUGCAGGAGAUCCUGACGGUCUCUGAGAGGUGGGAGGAUAAGGCUCGUGCCUGCUUACAGGCGAGGCCUCGUCAUAGUAUGGUGACCCUGGAGAGCAUAGUGCUUGAAGCUAGGAACAUCCCAGCAUAUCUGCCAAAUAUUUUGGCCCUCAGAGAAGCUCUACACAAGGCCAAGGAGUGGACCUCUAAGGUGGAUGCCAUCCAAAGUGGCAACAGCUUCGCUUACUUGGAGCAGCUGGAGAACCUGUUGGCCAGAGGGCGCUCCAUCCCUGUCCGGCUCGAUCGACUCGCUCAGGUAGAGUCUCAGGUGGCUUCGGCUCGAGCCUGGAGAGAGAGGACUGGGCGGACUUUCCUGAAGAAGAACUCCACGUAUACACUACUCCAGGUCCUCAGUCCUCGUGUGGACAUCGGCGUGUACGGCAACAGCAAAAGCAAACGGAAGCGAGUCAGGGAACUCAUGGAGAAGGAGAGAGGAGGCUUCGACCCUGACACCCUCAGUGACCUGGAGGAAGGCCUGGAGGAGGUGCGGGAGCCUUCCAUCGUCGUCGCAGCCUUUAAAGCCAAAGAGCAGAAAGAAGUGGACGCCAUCCACUCGCUCCGAGCCGCCAACCUGGCCAAGAUGGCCAUGGCCGACCGCAUUGAGGAAGUGAAGUUCUGCCUCUGUCGCAAGACCGCCAGCGGCUUCAUGCUGCAGUGCGAGCUCUGUAAGGACUGGUUCCACGGAGCCUGUGUGCCGCUGCCUAAAACUGGAACGCAGAAGAAAGUGGGCGUGAGCUGGCAGAGCAACAGUAAAGACUCAAAGUUCCUGUGUCCCCUGUGUCAGCGAUCGCGGCGGCCCAGAUUAGAAACCAUUCUCUCGCUGCUGGUGUCGCUGCAGAAGCUGCCGGUGCGUCUGCCGGAGGGAGAGGCUCUCCAGUGUUUGACGGAGAGGGCGAUGAGUUGGCAGGACCGAGCACGUCAAUCUCUGGCCACGGAGGAGUUAUCGUCGGCCUUGGCAAAGCUCUCUGUGCUGAGUCAGCGCAUGGUGGAGCAAGCUGCGAGGGAGAAAACGGAGAAAAUCAUCAACGCUGAGCUUCAGAAAGCUGCUGCAAACCCCGACCUGCAGGGCCACAUCCAGACUUUUCAGCAGUCGGGUUUCAGCAGAGCCACGUCACCGCGCCAGUCGUUGGACUACGAUGACGAGGAGACGGACUCGGACGAGGACAUCAGGGAGACCUAUGGUUACGAUAUGAAGGACCCAGGGGAGGUGAAGCCCUAUCUGUUUUGCGAUGAGGAGAUUCCAGUCAAGUCCGAGGAGGUGGUCAGUCACAUGUGGCCCGCUGCCACGCCUUCAUUCUGCGCGGAGCAUGCGUACUCCUCCGCCUCUAAGUCCUGCGUGCAAAACAUCACCACGCCCAGAAAGCAACCCAGAAAAACCCCUCUGGUCCCUCGUAGCCUGGAGCCACCUGUGCUUGAGCUCUCCCAGCAGGCCAAGGCCCAGCUGGAGGAGCUGAUGAUGCUGGGAGACUUGCUGGAGGUGUCCCUGGAUGAGACCCAGCACAUCUGGAGGAUCCUGCAGGCCACGCACCCUCCCUCUGAGGAGCGAUUCCUGCAGGUCAUGGAGCCUGAUGAUUCUCUGAUGGAGAAGCCGCUGAAAAUCAAGCUGAAAGAUUCAGAAAAGAAAAGGAAACGGAAGCUGGAGAGAGCUGAGCACCACCACAUGAUGAUGGCGGCAGCGGCAGCUGUAGGUGGCGCCUCACUGGGAGAAAUCAGACCGGUCAAAUCAAAGGAGUUAAAAAGGGUCGGCCUGGAGCUGAGCCUGGGUGGCAAACCCAAAAAGAAGAAACUCAAACUCAACCUGGAGAAGAACCGGGAGAUGAAGCAGCUCGCCAAAAGGUUAGCCAAGGAGGAGAAGGAGAGGAAGAGGAAAGAGAAAGCUGCCGCCAAGGCGGAGGCCAUCAGAGAGGGACUGGAGAAGAGGAAGGAGAAGAAGAUUCUUGACAUUCCCUCCAAGUACGACUGGUCUGGAGCCGAGGAUUCCAACGAUGAGAACGCCGUGUGUGCUGCCAAAAACUGCCAGAGACCCUGUAAAGAUAAGGUGGACUGGGUCCAAUGCGACGGUGGCUGCGACGAGUGGUUUCACCAGGUGUGCGUGGGAGUCUCCUGCGAGAUGGCCGAGAACGAGGACUACAUCUGCGUGGACUGCUCCCGGAAGGCGUCCGGCGCCGGCGAGAUGUGCGGCAGAGCGUCCGUCGUGGAGGUGGUGGACGGCGACAAUGUGGUCGUACUGUCUACGUCCAUGUCUGGCGGCAGCAUACAGAGCCUAGCGCCCUCCGCCGCAGCGGCGUGGUCCAUCACGUCCUCCGUUUCUCGUCUGAAUCCGCCCACCUCACACCAACAGCUGCAACAGGAGCCGCAGCAGGGCAGUUAGCAGCGAAGCAGCGGGCCAGGACUCGGGCUAGAAUUCUGUACCUCAUAAAAACAGUGACUACGACGUAGUGAACGGCCUUGUGGGAAAAACAAACGGCCUCAGCCUCACAGUGCCCAGAGUGGAGAAUAAACUCUGCAGAAUGUUGGUCCACACACACAACAUGGCCGUCCCGCAAACUCUUCUAGGUCUAGAACUGUCCACCAGCUACUUGCCUUUGUCCUCAUCCUCAAUAACUAUUCACACACACACUCACACACACCUCUCUGUUGUAUUCAGUCCAGACAAAAACAAACCAACGUGUGGCUGUGGUCUCUCUGAACGUCUAGAAGCCGCUCCUCUUCUCUCCUUCCCGACACAUCCACGAUCAGACUAGGAAAUCAAGGCUGUGUCAGUGUGUAGUGGACGUAUUUAUAAUGUACAUAGGCUUUUACGCAGUAAAUCAAAUGAAUUAUGGCCUUCUUUAGUUUUGUUUUUGUUUUCUCACCUUUAAUAAACUAUUCCUAGUCAAACA